GGCUACAGGCCUAUAGCCUACAGGUCUACUCUCCAGUCUCCAUAAUCUAUUUAUACUAUACAGACAUUUUUUCUUCUUCAAUAGUUUUUGUUUAAAUAUUAAUAGAGUACCAACAACAAAGCUCCAACUCUAUUUGCACUUGGUAGACAGACACAUUGUACAAAGAAACUUUGGUAAAUAGCUGGUAAACGACAAAAUGUUUCUUGGUUAUGUAUGAAUUCUAAAAGUUAAUUAUGUGAUCGACCUACUGAAGACACUGUUAAGUAAGAUUUUUAUGAUACUGUAUUGUUGUGCUUUACUAUCUUAUAUUGGUACACAAUAGUCCAACACAAAAGUAAAGUUCGAGAAAGCCAGCUCUUUUUAAAUUCUUUUAAAUGGGUGGCUAUUGACGGAGGCGUCGGCGAGAGCGAGGAGUUUGACUCUGGGGAGCCUGGAGCCCUAACAAAAAAAUGACGCCGUGAUGUUUGCUAUAUAUAAAAGCAGCAUGUUUACCUCGUGUGACUCAUAAAACUGUGUAUACUUUCAUUGAAGACGACAACAAUAGAAUAUAUAAUAAUUAUGGCUCCAGGAAUCAAUAAUGUGACGGUGAUGACCCCAUUGCGCGAAUCUAGCGCGAAGGGUGUCGCUAGGUCUAGUAAGAUUGUAAGGCGGACGACAAAAGCUACCCUUCAUACACAGAACUUCCUGGCCACUGCGGGUAUGAGAAGUUUCCCGUCAAUUGUGGAUGAAAUGACUGUUGCUUUUCAGCAAGAAGUUGCAGAAAGCUCUGCUAAGCUACUCACACCCGAGCAGUGGAGUACGGUUCCUGUGGAGAGUAGGCAAAUGACUGGAAAACUUUUCUUGGGCGGCUGUGAACACUUCGAAAAGGUUGCCGCAGAAGAUGUCAGUGAGUUAGUACAGUCAUCUAUUUCGAAUCAGAACGUGCAUAAUAUGGAAGUUCUAUUUGUAUCUCUGGCGGGAUCGCAAAGCCAGGUGAUCAGUCGCAUAGAGCUAGAGGAAGUGUGGAGCCAUCUGUCAGAACUUGUGAAGCAAGGCUCGGUGAAACACUUGGGUGUUGUCGACGCCACUAUACAACAGCUGGAGUGGUUAAAGCACGCCGAAUCACCUCCGACGCACGUAGAUGUACACUCAAAGUUAUUGGAAGACGAAUCGUUCUUAGAUUCACAGUUUUUUAAGUACUGCAAGGCAAAUGGCAUAGUAAUGACGACACACAGUGAUGCAAAGGGCCAUCUGACCUGCAAUACAGAUAUCAAUUUUCAGAAGGACAAUGAGUGUUUGCGCAUAAAGCCGUGCAUGGCCUUAAGGUACACUGUGUCAGCCACUCACCGAGCAACCCCUCUGGUAAGAGGGUAUGUGGUGCGAACGGAUGUCACGAUCUUGGAAUAGUAUGGAACAGCACAUUGGUAAACGAACUGAUAAAUAUAUAAAAUGAAACUAGCUGGAUACA